AUGUCUACCUUUUCUAUAGAAACAGACCCUUUCGAAAACGAAAGCUACCGAGAAUUCUGCGAGUUUUGGCUCAGCCAGCAAAACCAAUACCUCAAAGACCUCAUCUCGGCCGCCGAAAGUCAAAAGAAAGACAUCGCUAGUUGUUCGUCGUUGAAGCAGGAGCAUGACGACGACAACGUCGAUGCACUCAUCGACAUGGUUGUUCGACAUUACGAGCAUUACUACAAGGUGAAGUCAAGUUGGUUGGAACUUGAUGCAUUUCCCAUACUGAGGCCCGCAUGGAGAUCCUCCCUCGAAGACGCAUUCCUAUGGCUCGGCGGGUGGCGUCCGAGCACGGCUUUCCACAUGCUCUACUCCAAGUCGGGGAUGCAGCUUGAGGCGCAGUUGCCAGAGAUCCUCCACGGCCUCCGUACCGGCGAUUUGGGUGACCUCUCCCCUAAACAAGUCCUCAAAAUCGACGCAUUAAAGAGGCGCACCAUAAAAGAAGAGAAGGAGACCACAGAGAAGAUGGCUAAGCAUCAGGAGACGAUAGCGAGUCCGUCGAUGGUGGAUCUAUCGCACGUGGCAACCAAGUGGAUAAUGGAAGGAGAGAGAGAGGGAGAGCCAAAUGGGUCCAUGAUGAGGGAGAGGCUCAAGUUGACACUCGAAAGAAAAGAAGAAGGUUUGAAAGAGAUGGUGCAAAUGGCUGAUGAAUUACGUCUCAAAACGUUUAAAGAAAUCCUUCAAAUUUUGACCAAAACACAAACAAUCCAUUUCUUGAUAGCUGCUGCAGAGUUGCACUUGAGGGUUCAUGAAUGGGGGAUGCAGAGAGAUUCCAUGAAACACCAAAAGGAGGAACACGAAGAAUCAUGA